AAAAGUAUUUAAUACUUUUGAGAACCUUUAACCUUAUUGUCUGUGAAAAACCACUGAUGACUUGUCUUUUUUUAACCAUUAACAUUUUGAGUAAUCGGUGAAGGCAUUUAGCGAUUAGAAAUAUGUAAUAAAACGUAUAGUUUAAAAAUUGGCAUAAAGUGAAACACGGACAUUUAAAUAGUUCUUUGUCAAAGAAUGUGGAUUCCUUAUUCUAAAAUUCAUUGUGCUUGAAAGCUGUGCAUGUAGUUAUAGUCAUUGACAGCGAAAUGAUUUUUUUCGUGCAAUUACUGGCUUUUUAUAUUGUCCAUGGGACAUUUGCUCUUGGUACUUUAUACAAAAGCACCGCUUCUUGUUACGGCGUUAUCUCACCAGCCAGUAAUUUUAUGUUUUCCACAUGUCCACCUGGAGAAGUAAUUGCAAUAAAGGACAUAACGGUCGCAUACAAAGCAGAGGCACUGAAUUGCACUUUUGACAACGUCCAAGAUCAGUUUCAACUUUGUUGUUCGAAUAUAACCGAACAAGACUGCCAAAUGUCAUAUAAUUUUCACCCCAAUAAUGCAGUUCAGUAUAUAGAAAAAUGCAAUGGUAGAAGUAGUUGCAACGUGAUGGCUACUGUUGUUCUGCCACAAGAUUGUAUCGGAGUACCUGACCACUAUCCAAACUACAUGCAUAUAAACUACUAUUGCAUACCAGAAACGAGUAUUCUUAGCAUUAUGUCUGGAACGAUAACCUCGUUAGGGCAGUCGGUUUAUCUGCAAAGUCCCGGUUUCAACUACGGUCAGAAGAUCCCGUCGGGAAAAACUCUGACUUGCUCUGUCUACACGUGUGAUAUGGGCUCAACACUCUCUAUAACAAUGUGGCAGAUUGUGAUGGAAAACAAGUGGGGUCAAUGCCAACAAAGACUUAUUGUGAGAAGACCCGACGGUAAUACUAUAGAUAGUUGGAACUGUCAGGAUAACACAGCUUCGCCGAGAACAUUGCAAAUAAGCGAACAGUCUCUUACAAUUCAACUGGAGAACAGCCUUGCAUCUGAUUCGGGCUCGUUUUGGCUAGGAUUUGCUGGAUCCUCCCCGGAUGGUAGGGUAACAGUCUCGUGUCCUCCUGAAACGAAUCCAUGUGCUGGAGUAUCUCCAACAAUAAAUUCUAUAUCGACACCUAUGACGACCACCACCAUAGCAACAACAACAAUGGAUUCAACAACUACACCAAUGACGCCGACCACCAGAACCACUACCACAACAAGAACAACAACAGAUUCAACAUCUACACCAAUAGUGACGACAACCACCACACCCAUCACAGCAACAACAUCGAUCUCAACGACUGCUGGACAAUCCAGCACUUCAAAUAUAACAACAGAGAAUCUAAUAUCAACAAUUUAUGAAGAAACUUUUUCCAAUUCGAAAACAACUUUGGGGUCAAUACAAUUUGACACAUCAACUAUACCAGAAGAAGGAGGUUUGAGGAAAGCAAUUAUUGGCAUCGUCGCAGGGUUAGCGGGUUUUGGUUUAAUUGCUUUUAUACUUUCGAUCGUUUUUAUUCGAAGGAGGAUAAAUAAGAAAAAGGCACAUCAAAAUGCCAAUCCCAAACCAUCGACACCAACAGCAGUAUCCAACACCAACACCAACGGAAUUCCAAAUCCAGAUUACGCAUCAUCAAUUUCAACAUACGUUUUUGGUAGACUUGGCCGUGGCGCAAGCUAAAGGACCAACUUCAUUCUUAUCCGAAACAGCAACAUUUUCAGAUGGCUAUAUAAAAGUAAUGGACUUAUUUAAAUGCUAGUAGGGUAAUAUGUGGUGUCAACAUUGUUCAGAUGGUAUAGUUAUUGUGUUAUGACCUACUUUAAUAUGUCGGCGUACAUCAGUGCAGGUCAGUCACACUACUCAGCUUAUGUCGGUGAAAUUGAAAACAAAGUGUGUGUGUGUGUGUGUGUGUGUGCGUGUGCGUGGGCGUGGGCGUGUGCGUGUGUGUGUGUGUGUGCUUUGCGGAGAUUUCUUUGGCCCCGCAACUCUGAAUGUUUAAAUAUUUGUUUGUACCAUGCAAAUAUAUCAAAAUACACACACAUAA